AUGUCGCCCAACCGCAUAACCGUCCACACUUCGACCCUUUUUGAGCCCAUUCGCAAGGCCUUCUUGGACAAUGUAUCUAUCGAGGUUGAUACCAAGGCCGGCGCCAUUGUCGGCCUACUCUUUCGCGAUUCCCCGGACAUCCCCUUACCUCUCGGUGAUGGGGAGAUCGACCUGCGCGGCAAGGUUGUGCUGCCGGGGUUUGUCGACUCCCACACCCAUAUCUUCCUCCAUUCCGACAGCGACCGCUACCACUCCCUCCAGAUGCGCGAUGAAUCCCCCGUCGAACGCAUCGUGCGCGCCACCAACCACGCCCGCGCUGCGCUCAUGGCCGGCUUCACCACAUACCGUGACCUAGGCACCGAAGCUUUGGGUGCCGCCGACGCCAAUUUCCGUGACUGCAUCAACCGCGGCUUGACCGCGGGCCCCCGCAUGUUUGUGGCCACGGAGGCCCUUGCCUCCAACGGCGGGUACGAGAUCCGGACCGAGAACCGUCUCGCCCUCGGCUCGACGCUAGGCCUGUCAUUGCCUCGUGCGGCGGACUUGGUGGAUGGCCCCUUUGCUGCGAGGGCUGGCGUAAGGAGGCGGAUUGGAGAGGGCGCAGAUGUGAUUAAGUUUUAUGGGGAUUAUCGGAAGCGGAUCAUGAGGUUCCCUCCGGAUGUCCCGGGACCUGGGGGUACCAUCCAGUUUCCGCCCGACCGGAGGGAACGGAACCCAGCCAUUCCACUCUUUUCGCAGGAGGAAAUGGAUGCGAUUGUCGCGGAGGCUAAACUAACUGAUGUGCCCGUUGCUGCGCAUGCGGUCGAGACGAGGACAGCCUUGAUGGCUGCCCGUGCCGGGGUGACCACCAUAGAACACAUAUUUGUGGACACAGAAGGGUCUCGAGAGGAGAUGGUGGAGGAAAUGCGGAAGCAAAAGACUAUCUGGGUGCCGACGUUAGCGACGGCGGAGGAGGGUUUUGACGAGAAGAAGUUUUCGCAGUGCAAGGCUGCGGUUAAGCAGGCAUUCGACAGGGGCGUCAAACUGGCUGCGGGCGGGGACACAGGCGUGUUCAACCACGGACUAAACUCCCGCGAGAUGGAGAUCUAUAUGGAAAUGGGCAUCCCUGUCGAAGACGCGCUCGUGGCCGGCACCUACGCCGGGUGGCUCGCCUGUGGUGGUGACUCUUCUGGGUUCCGGUUUGGCUGGUGGGACCAGGGCAACCGCGCCGACAUUGUUGCCCUGGAUGAUGAUCCGCGCCGCGAUCCCAAGGCUCUGCGCAAGGUCAGCUUUGUGAUGAAGGACGGCCGUGUAUGGAAGAGGGAUGGGCAGCCUGUGGAUAUGAUUCCUGCCACCUCGUGGCCCGAACCAACCACGGUGGCCGAAAAGGACGUGGACUCUCCCAAAGAGCUGAGUGAAGAACAGAAGAGACGGACAAAGGCGGCGGUUGCGUUCGUGGGGAUGAACCCGUCGGUGUUGAGUAUGAGGGGCAGCUCGGGUAACCCAACUCCAGCUGCGUCGGACGGGGGAUGGGAAACGGAGUCGUUGGAUGUGAAAGUUAGGUAG